AUGGACGUUGCCCGUAACCUCGCCGAAUUCACUGCUGAUAUCACCGGGGACCCCGCCGGCCUGCCGUCGGCAGUAACUGGCCAGUGUCGGGACAUGAUGCUGAACGCCGCCGCCGCCGCGCUGGCCGGUGCAGCCCACCCCGAUGGCGUCGCCCUGACCCGUUUCGUCCGCGAGAUGGGGGGCAACGGACGCUGCACCAUCAUCGGGAUGGGAAUGCGCACGUCCCCCGUCUACGCCGCGCUGGUCAACGGCUCGCUGGUGCGGAUGCUCGACUACGACGACCACGCGACGGACACCGGCUACAACGCAACUGCCGCCGUGUUCCCAACGGUGAUGGCGCUGGGCGAGAUGUACGGCAUCCCCGGAUCGAAAGUUUUAUCAGCGUUUGUCGCCGGUUGCGAGAUUGCCGUCCGACUAUCCGCAACCUCAAACUCGGCCGGCGCAAUCGCAGCCGCAGCCGCAGCCGCCGCUCUGUUGGAAAUGGACGCAGACGGCGUGGCGAACGCCAUCAGCAUCGCCGCCGGCAUUGCGGAUGGGCAGGUUACCUAUUCCACAGCCGGUACUACCGCCUUGGCCACCGGCGGCCGCGCCGCGAUGAAUGGGACGAUGGCGGCGUUAAUGGCAAACGCGGGAAUCGGCGAAUCGGCCAGCGAAUCCGCGCUGGUUCAAGCGUCAACGUCUCCAGUGUUCGAUCAACACGCCGUGGCCGGGUUGGGCGAGCGAUGGCGACUCACCGAACCGGGGGUGUCGCUCCGUUUGUAUCCGUGCAAUCCCGCGAGUCAUAGCGUCAUAGACGCGACCAUCGGAGUAGCGCAGCUCCACCGAGUCCAACCCGACCAGGUCAAAAACCUGCACGUCGGGGUAACCGCCGACACGCUUUCACAAUUGCCGUAUGUUCUGCCGACCGAUGCGUGGCAGGCGCGGAGUUGUCUGGGUUUUAUCGCGGCGGCGACUCUGUGCCACGGCCAACCCCUUAUCAACUUCUUCUCAGAACCGGCAAUCCAAGAUGAGGGCGUGCGGGCAAUGAUGGAAAAGGUGUCGGUAGAGGCCUCGCUCCCCUCGUCGCCGUUGUCCGUGCAUCCGGCGGAGGUGCGCGUAACGCUGAACGACGGCACAACCUUUCACCACCGGGUCGACCACGCCCGCGGGACGCCCGCCAUGCCGCUGGAUGCGGACGAACUGGAGGCGAAAUUCCUGUAUUGCACGCGUUACAUACUGCCGGCCGACCACAUCGACGAAGCCGUCAGCAGCUUCCGCAACAUCGAAACCAUCGCUAACAUAACCGGAAUGGCGUCCGUCCUUGGCGGAUAA